AUGAUGGCCAACCAUCAUUUUACUCGUAUAGACACGCUCGAGAUCAAAGAACACAUAUUCCGAAAGGUUGGGCCGCAGAGAGCUGAGAAGUACUUUGAUCAGCUCAAGCGUUUUUUCGCCAUGAAGCUUAGCAAAGCCGAGUUUGACAGGAGCUGCAUACGAGCAAUCGGCCGAGAAAAUCUCCCUCUCCAUAACAAACUCAUUCGGUCCAUUCUCCAAAACGCGUGUCGGGCCAAAGUCCCUCCUCAAAAACCGGAAAAGCCCGAAAAACUCAGCAGCAUCAAUCGUCUGCAGUCUCUGUAUGGGAACCGCAAGUUCCGGGACCGUCCGAGCCCAUUGGGCCCACUCGGAAAAAGCCCAAGUCUGACGUGCGAGGAGACCUUCACGAGGACACAAGAACAGCAGAGCGCCACUGAGCUGCACUCGAUCGGGAGCCGGCCGCCGGUUCUUGAGGAGGGUGAGGAAGUUGAGCAGUUGAACGAAAGUCUCAAUUUUCGGAGGUGGGGCCUCAUCACUGCCCCUAUUGGUGUCUCAGUUAGUUCGGGUGAGGAUCGCAAUAAUGAUGUUCCUUGCGGUUUUACUUUUGAUGAUCUAAGGGAAAAAUGUGAAAAUAGUGGGGGAUUGCCCGAUACGGGUUCUCUGAGGAGCCGAUUGCAGAAGAAGUUGGCUUCAGAAGGAGUUGGAAUCUCUUUAGAAUGUGUGAAUUUGUUGAAUAAUGGUUUGGAUGCCUUUUUGAAGAGGUUAAUCGAGCCGUGUGUAGGUAUAGCCGGUUCAGGGGUGGUGGGUUCUUGUAUUCUUGGGGGACAAUAUAGUUGUAAUAAGAAUUUUAAUAAUAGUCAGGUGAUGCCUGGAUUUAAUGGCGGGAAGUUUGUGGGUAGACCGAGUAAGCAGACGAACGUGAGCAUGCUCGACUUUCGGGUUGCAAUGGAGUCGAAUCCUAGGGUUCUUGGGGAAGAUUGGCCUUUGCAGCUCGAGAAAAUCUAUCAUUAUUCCUCGUGCUAG